AUGAUAGACGUCGUGUACGAACAGGCCAUAUCAAUCAAUACCAAUGUUCGAACGAACACAACGUUUCACCCCAUUCCCGAAGUCGCCGUGACCAUAUCCAACGCUCCAACGUCAGUAGAUGGAGUCACAACGUUCCGAUAUACGCAGCCCAGGACGUCGACGCAUUCUAUUGGUACUUCACAAUCAAGCUCGACGUCCUGGGCAACACCAACAAUGGUCUUGAACUCGUUUGUGCUGAUGGUAACGGAAGCCCACUUCGCUCGAGUCGACGGCGGAAGAAUUCACCGACGUCAGUCCGGUGACUUCUUCAUCGGUUCGAAUGGCACGGUCACGAAUGAUUGCACGCUUGUGCCCGUAUAUACGGUCACGAACGGAAUGUUGGCGGCAACCGAUCAAGGCGUCACCUACACCUACUCAACAUCGCCCGGGACACCAUAUGAAUUGUUCGCACCCAGCACGAUUCCUGGUUCGAUCACUACCACGUUUUCUCUCGGUCCUAACAGCGUGCUUAACUGGCAAAACGAUGCGUUCUGGAACGGACAAGCGCAGUUUUGUAGCGUCUGGAACGGGACUAUCUAUGCGGUGUUCCGACAGAAUGCUCCCGAUGGGUGCACACACAUUGAUCUUCAGCUUUUCACCGUGUCUUCGUGCCAAGCGCUCGCGCUUUCGACGAUUACUGGGCCUACGGGGUGA